AUGGCCAAACUGAGUGAAGAAGAAAUCAAAUUGAUAUGCCUCCAAAGCAAAGACCCUCCUUUCUGCUUUCGGACCCUCAAGUCGGAUCCUCGGGUGGACAUAUCCAACAUUCAAACCCUUGCCACGACGAUGAUCAGUAAGGCUCAUAAUUACGCAAGAAAGACCCACAACGAGAUAGGUUCGAUCAUCGAGAUGACUGGUGAUCGUAGCGUGAGAGAGAAGUACCAAUUCUGCGCUGAGAUGUACAAGGAAGCCAUGGAUGAACUUGGUGGUGCCAAGCAAAACUUGGCGUCUGGUCUUUAUCGGAAAGUGAGAGUUGAAGCGGUUAAAGCGAAGCUGAGAGCGAAAAGUUGUGAAGAAACUGUGGAGAAAAAUUCCAAGACUAUAUCGCCGAUCAGAGAUAAUAACAGAGAUUUUAGGAAUCUCUGCAACAUCGUUUGGUCCAUCUCUAAUCGCUUAAUCAUGGGAAAUUAG